UGGCCCCCGGUGCAGUCUGUCGCAAGUGUAGACGUCAUUUUCGCUUCAGGAAUACAUCACGGGUUUAGUAGUAGCACUAUGCAGCGCGUUACAUGUGCGCACUAGCGAGGGUAAACGAUUUGAGGGUUUUUUGGAGACGCUGCUUUUGCAGACAGUAGAAUGCGGUGCGUGACGCCAUGAGCUGAGCGCCGAACCGCGACAGAUCAAAGGCACCGCAUCCCCGAGAUCAAAGGCAGCGAACGGCGCGGUUCCACUGUUGCCAUGCAGCAGUCCGAGAGCGGCGGAGGGGCGGCGACUUCUGAAGUGCAGCUCAGCGAGCAACCGAACGCGCUCAUCGCAUGUAAAGUGGCCGAAGAGGUGUUUAAUGAGCCGCAGCGGAAGGAGCAGUUUGAGGCUUUGUUUCGUGCGUUUGAUCCUGGCACAUCAUUCCAGUUCUUCAAAAGCUUCAGACGAGUUCGGAUCAACUUCACGGAUGCGCUGGCGGCGGCCGAGGCUCGAGUCAAGCUGCAUAAAAGUGACUUCAAUGGAAAGGAGAUGCGCCUGUAUUUUGCUCAGUCUGUACAUAUCGGCAGUCCUCGUCUUGAGCCUCCAAAACCAGACAAGCAGUUCCUGAUUUCUCCUCCAGCGUCGCCCCCUGUUGGCUGGGCACAGUCGCAGGACGCAACGCCCGUCAUCAACUAUGACCUGUUGUGUGCCGUGUCUAAACUAGGACCAGGCGAGCAGUACGAGCUCCACUCCGGGACCACCAACACACCCAGUGUGAUCGUUCACGUGUGCGAAGACGACAGUUCAGAAGGAGAGGAUGAAAACGCCGAGGGUGGAAAGCGUGCUCGGCCCAAAAUCAUCCAGACACGUCGCCCGGAUUUCGUCCCGUCCGUAGACCAGUGAGCGCCUCCUUCUGACCCAUUCAUCUCCGCGACCCAAACCGGGAGCCACUAGGAAACAUGCGGUCAUGCAGUUUGCCAUCCUCACACUAGGGGACGACGGUGAGCAUCAAACCUCUUCCUAGUUUAGCGAGGGAGUCGAGCAUCCUCAUCAUCUCGCGCUCAUUUCUGAACAUCAGGGACUCGAGAGCUUCUCUCGUCUUACGAAUGUCCUUAUUUGCUUGACGUCACUACUGUGUAUUUUAAUAACGCAAAGGGGAAACUGCGAGAUUUCGUUCUGAUAUGUGGAAGGCGGUUGUUUUUGUGUGUGUGUGUGGUGUGUU